AUGGAAGCUUUACAAGAAAAAGCCAAAUUAGCUGAUGAACGUAUACAACAAUUGAAAUCACUUAUUGCUACUAUUGGUACGCGACAACUUGAUCCAGUAGUAUAUAUUCGUGGACUUCAAGAUCAAAAUACAAAAUUAAAAGCACGAGUACAAAGUCUCGUUGACGAAUUACUUACAUUAGAAAAUCAACGAGGAGUAAAACAACAAUAUGAUUUUACGAACAAAGUUCCCAAGGCUCCUAUUCAAUCAGUUGCUCAACCAGAAAAGCCAGUUGAAGCUCCAAAACCAGUUGUUGAAGCUGCUGCUGCUGCUGCUGCAGCUCCUAGUAACGAUCAACAAGAAGCUAAAGAUAAAAAAGAAAAGAAAAAGAAACCGGCUAAAGAAGAAAAAUCAGGAAAAACACCUGCUAAUACUGCAAUCGAUAUAACACGAUUUGAUUUACGUGUUGGAAAAAUUGUUUCAGCUGAAAAACAUCCUGAUGCAGAUUCUUUAUAUGUUGAACAAAUCGAUGUUGGUGAAGGAAAACCACGAACGAUAUGCAGUGGUCUUGUUAAUCAUAUGCCAUUAAGUGAUCUUGAUCAAAAACUUGUCGUCAUCUUAUGUAAUUUAAAACCAGCGAAAAUGCGUGGUAUUAUGUCGGAAGGCAUGGUUAUGUGCGCAUCAACACCAGAUAAAGUUGAAUUACUUCAGCCACCAAGUGAUUGUAAACCAGGCGAUCGAAUCGAAUGCGAAGGUUAUGAUUGUUCAUCACCGGAUGCUCAAAUUAAAAAAGAACUAUCCGAUCAAAUUCUACCUGGUAUGAGUACAAAUGAUAAAGGCGAAGCAACAUUCAAAGGUGUCUUAUGGAAAAUAGCUGGUAUUACUGGUGUUGUCAAAUCUACAAGUCUCACCAAUGUACCUAUUAAAUAA